AUGCCUGGUCUCACCUAUCCUUUCACAGCCUACUACGAAUACGUAGGCACAGAUGUAAGCAAGAUUGCCUCGCGUCUUAUCCCUCGGGAUGCAUGGCGCAGUGCACUCGCACAUAUUCUCGUCAGCAUAGAAUGGAGCGUCACAUCCAGCUGCGAAGUGAUCCACGCCUCUUCAUUGUACGUCAUUCAUUGGAUGGAUCUUUUGCGCGACAUUGCUCCAGACUCGGGGGCAUAUAUGAGUGAGGCCGACAUUCUAGAGCCACAUCUUCAGGACGCAUUUUAUAGCAUUAAUUAUGCUCGAUUUUAUGAAUUGAAGCAACACUACGAUCCUACUGGGCUUUUCUUUGCCUUAACUGCCGUCGGGGCCGAGGACUGGGAGGUCCAGGUUACUGAUCCCUUGCCCUACUCGUGGAAUAACAGUGGAAGACUAUAUCCUCGUCAACACUAA